AUGUCGAAUUCGAAGGUGGUUUACGAAGGAUGGAUGGUCCGGUAUGGACGCAGGAAAAUUGGAAGGUCAUUUAUUCACAUGAGGUAUUUUGUGCUCGAGUCUAGAUUGUUGGCAUACUACAAGAAGAAGCCCCAGGAUAAUGUGGUGCCCACCAAGACUCUUGUCAUAGAUGGCAACUGUAGGGUGGAGGACCGAGGACUGAAGACUCAUCAUGGACAUAUGGUAUACGUGUUGUCUGUUUACAACAAGAAAGAGAAGUAUAACAGAAUUACGAUGGCAGCUUUCAACAUUCAGGAGGCUCUCGUUUGGAAAGAGAAAAUUGAAUCUGUUAUCGAUCAGCAUCAAGAGUCCCAAGCUACGAAUGGUAACAAAUAUCAUUCCUUCGAAUAUAAAUCUGGUAUGGAUAAUGGGAGGGCUGCUUCAUCAUCCGAUCAUGAGAGUCAGUUUAGUGCUGCUGAAGAGGAAGAUGAUUCUCAGCGGAAUUUGUUGCGCAGAACAACUAUAGGAAAUGGUCCCCCAGAGUCUAUUUUCGACUGGACUAAGGAAGUAGAUUCAGAUUUGGCUAAUCAAAACUCUAACAACCAAGCAUUUUCCAGAAAGUAUUGGCGCCUUCUCCAGUGUCAAAAUGGUCUCCGUAUUUUCGAGGAGCUUCUUGAAGUGGACUUUCUUCCAAAGAGCUGUAGUAGAGCAAUGAAAGCUGUUGGGGUAGUGGAGGCUACCUGUGAAGAAAUAUUUGAACUAGUAAUGAGCAUGGAUGCAACACGAUGCGAGUGGGAUUGCAGUUUCCAGUAUGGUAGCUUAGUUGAAGAAGUAGAUGGACAUACAGCAAUACUAUACCACAGGCUUCAAUUAGAUUGGUUUCCGACCUUUGUAUGGCCUCGUGACCUCUGCUAUGUACGCUACUGGCGUCGAAAUGAUGAUGGGAGUUAUGUUGUCUUAUUUCGUUCUAGGGAGCAUAUGAACUGCGGUCCCCAACCUGGAUUUGUGCGUGCUCAUAUUGAAAGUGGAGGAUUCAACAUUUCACCUUUGAAACCUCGUAAUGGGAGGCCCAGAACACAGGUCCAGCAUCUUAUGCAAAUUGAUCUAAAAGGAUGGGGAGUAGGCUAUAUAUCAUGGUUCCAGCAACAUUGUCUCCUUCAGAUGUUGAAUAGUGUAGCUGGUUUGCGAGAGUACUUUUCUCAAACUGACGAGAGGACUGCGGCCCCACGGAUCCCUGUUAUGGUCAAUAUGACAUCAUUAUCGACCUCUUCAAAGAGGAGUCAGAAACUCCAGAUGUCUUCUGUUCAUCAUCGCAGUGCAUCACUCGAUCAGAUACAUGCAGCUAAUAGAAAUGCCGUAUUGAUGGAUGAAGACUCGGAUGAGGAUGAAGAUCUUCAGUGUGCUGAUCAAGAGGGUUUGGGAUCUACAGUUGAAGUUGAAGAGAAAAGAGUUGCUUUUGUAGAAGAACCUGUGGAACAGAUAGACUUAUCCAUUUUCUCCGGUAACCUUCGUCGUGAUGGCCAUGACAAGUCUCGCAACUGCUGGACAGUAUCCGACGGGAACAACUUCAGAGUUCGUAGCAAGCGUUUUUGUUAUGACAAAUCAAAGAUUCCUGCAGGCAAGCAUCUUAUGGAUCUUGUUGCUGUGGACUGGUUCAAAGAUACGAAAAGAAUGGAUCAUGUUGCCAGGCGUAGUGGUUGUGCAGCACAGGUUGCAUCGGAUAGAGGACUUUUCUCUAUUGUCUUUAAUCUGCAAGUACCAGGAUCGACCCACUACAGCAUGGUGUUUUAUUUUGUUACGAAGGAAUUAGUACCAGGAUCUCUCUUGCAGAGGUUUGUAGAUGGGGAUGACGAAUUUCGCAACAGUAGACUGAAGCUUAUUCCAUCAGUUCCUAAGGGUUCUUGGAUUGUACGUCAGAGUGUUGGCAGCACCCCUUGUUUGCUGGGAAAGGCAGUCGAUUGCAAUUAUAUCCGUGGCCCCAAGUACAUGGAAGUUGAUGUUGAUAUUGGUUCUUCCACUGUGGCAAAUGGAGUCCUGGGCCUUGUAAUUGGCGUUAUCACUACACUUGUGGUUGACAUGGCUUUUCUUGUUCAGGCGAAUACAACUGACGAGCUGCCCGAGCGGCUAAUUGGUGCGGUCAGAGUUUCUCAUAUAGAGUUAUCAUCUGCAAUCGUGCCAAGGCUGGAGUCGGACUCCUGA